GAUCGUUCAGGGUUGGGAAUCAAACCCCUCCCCGCUUGAACCUGAGAUCCUCCAGAUUCAUGGUAAUCGGCUCGUCCUCGAAAAUCUAGACAUCACGGUGGGGUGUUACUCCGAGAGUUUCCACUCCACCUUUGAACAUUGUCGACGAGUGAUUAAAGAAAUCAAUAAACCUGGAGCGGACACCACUUUUACGCCGGUAAUUUAUGCGUUUGGUCGCACGGGUACCGGCAAAUCGACAACUUUGUUCGGCGACCCAACACGGGACAUUUCGGGCCUUACAAGUUGUUUGUUUGCCGGUAUUUCUUCCGCAAAUAUGGAGUUCUGGGCACAAGAAUGGUCCAUAAACAAGUCCCACCAACACGUUUACCGGGAUUUGGUUGGGUACCACCAAACAUCGGUGGAUAAUUGGACCCGGAACUUCAUCAGCUGGGAGAAAUUGGUCCCGGGUUGCUACAGGGAUUUCCGGACCAUCAUCGCCAAACGGCGUUGCCACACAAAUGACGUCCAUGCCAAUGCAUCCUGUGGCAUUUUAAUUAUUGACGUGCAAGACAAAGCCAGGACGAAGCGGGUUAUCGUUUUUGACAUUCCUGGCCUCGACGGACUGGAGAGUCGUCCAAAAUCGGCUCAACCAUCAGUCGAAACGAGGUGGAUUUCAUCAAUAACGUCCACCUUUAUGCAAUACAUUAGCCAGCAGCAAUCAUCAAAAAAACCGACCGACAAACGCUGGUUGGAGAUUGAUGCCUUUUUGCCGCCGAAGAAGAUAUCUCUCCUUUUGGCAUGCAUAAAGCGGCCAUACAAGAGGGAUAAUGUAUUUUCCACCAUCGACUUUCUCCAUUCCAUCCAAGAGUUGCGGAAUCCCGGAUAUGUUCGUGGUGGGUCAAGGCGAAAGAUUUCUCCUGCGCGACAGGAAGCACAGGAGCCAGCACGGCAGCCAGAUCAAGGUGUAUCAACACCAAACACACUGCAAGUUCCAGCGAUUGCAGUUAAUGAUGCAGCUCCAGGACCAUCCAAUGCGGGUAGCGAUGAUAUCGUGGCUGAGUUGAAGCUAUUGAACCUCAAUGUGGCAUCGGGUUUUAACCGAUUAGACACCACAGUCGGCCAACUCAGCACCACGGUCGGCCAACUCAGCACCACGGUCGGCCAACUCAGCAACACGGUCGGCCAACUCAGCAUCCAACAAACCCAAACCGAAGCUGCGUUACGGCAACUAAGGACUGAUUUCGAGGAGCAUUGUAGGGGGCAGCACCAAGCUGAAGCUGUCAUACCACCUAGGGCAUCACCUCCACUUCAUGAUGUUCGAGAGUCGCCAGCCCAUGCAGCUCCAGCCUCAGACGAGCCUGAAGAACACAAUCGGCCGUCUGGUUCUGCUCGAGGGUCUAGUUCAGAUCGGUCAUCAACUCCAGCUGAAGCCCCAUCACAGCAUGACAGUCCGGUUUCGUCAUCAGAAUCAGCUCCAGCAUCACCUCAACGCAACAUUCCUGAUUCUGAUGAGUCAUCUAGUGAUGAUCCAGUUCCACCAGUAUCUGGUGACUCGGACGAAUCGGCAGCUCGUUUUCGGCGAUCAAUGUAUCAGCUGAGAUCACGAGCUCGGGUACCGGAUGAUAUCGUCCACAAGUUUGUGAGAUCUGGCCGUGAAAGAGAACAACCCGUAGUUCCCGAGGACUCCAGUGAUGAAGAACUGACAGACGCAGAAAGAAAACAAGAUAUGCUGCGUCGUUUAGGGUUGGAUGAUCCUCAACGUGCUAGAAUCCAAGUUUCAUCAACGAUGUCCUUUGCCGUUGAUGACCCAGGUGUGUACGCGAACACCGAUUUCGCGGCCUAUAUCACUUGGAUUGGUACAAGCGACAAGCAUUGGAAGUGCACAGAAUGCGGAAAUACUUAUCGCACAUGGGAUAUGCCAACCCAUGUUUGGUCAACUGAAAUGGAGAGAAAUCUUGUAUGCGAUGUCGAAGGGUGCGACUUCGUUUGCCGUGGCGUCAGUAAAAUGAGAAAACACAUGAAGCAACACCACUAGCAAUGUCCUGGUCAAGUGCAAACGGUCCUCAACGCAAAAAAUAAUAACAAUAAUCAUAGUAAUAAUAAUAAAAAUAAUAAUAAUCAUCAUCUUCAUCAUCAUAAUAAAUAACAAUGGUGGCUAAAUUUUCUCAAAAUUGUCAGUUUUAAAUCAUUAUGAAGGAAAAUUGAACACAAAAGUUGGAGUGAGCCAUAAUGUGAUUAAGAAGUUUUCUCAUUGCAGUGAUGUCAUGGCAAAUUUUGUCACUAUUCACUUCGACCUCGUAUUGGAAACUUCUCCCCAUUUACGUUGACCAGACAUGAGAUGGAAUAUUCACUGUAAGGAAAAGUAUUUCACAUCCUUUGCACUUCCAUUCCUCAAUGCUUUUAUCAACUUAAGUGAUGUAGUCCGCGAAAUUGGUUUUCGCUUACACACCUGGGUCGUCGAUGGCAAAGGAUGACGCUGUUGUUAGGCGUAUUCUAGGACGUCGAGGAUUAACCAACAUCAAAUGACGCAACAUAUCUUGUGUUUUUUUCUGCGUCGUUGUUGUCAUCACUGGAAACCUCGGAAACUGAAAUUAUGGGUUGUUCUUUUUCAUUGCGAUCCUCGAGAUACUUCUUGACAAUAGUAUCCCGUAUCCAAACUCGUGAUCUCAGAUGAUACAUAGAUCGCCGAGAAUUACCCACCGAUUAUUCCGAGAAACUAGAUACUGGUGAAACUGGAGCUUCACUAGAUAACUCAUCAGAAUCAGGAAUGUCACGUUGAGGUGUUGGAGCUGAUUCUGAUGACGGAUUAGGACUAUCAUUCUGUGACAGGGCUUCAACUGAAGGAGAUGACCGAUCAGAGUCUCGAGCAGAACCAAGUGGCCGAUUGUGUUCUUUAGACUCGACUGCAGAUGGGGCUGCAUAAGCUGGUGAAUCUUGAACAUCAUGAGGUGGUGAUAUCCUAGGUGUCAUGUCGGCCAUAAGCCAUCGGUGCUCCUUACAAUUCUUCUCGAAGUCGGUUUUUAGUUGUUGUAACUCAGCAUUGGUUUAAAUCUGUUGGUUGCUGAGUGGCCGACUGUGGUACUGAGUUGUCUGACUGUGGUGUUUAACUGGUUCAAACUCAAUCCCACAUUGAGAUUCAUUUGUCUCAACUCAGCCACAACAUCAUUGAUACCCGCAUUGGAACUUCUUGGACUUGCAGCAUUGACUGCAAUCGCUGGAACUUGCAGUCUGCUUGGUGGUGAAGUACCUUGAUCUGGCUGCUGUGCUGCUUGCCGUGCUGGAGAAAUCAUUUUUCUUGAACCACAAAGAACAUAUCCGUACUUCCGCAACUCUUGAACAUAUGGAGGAAGUCUAUAGUUGAAAAUACAUUAUCUCUCUUAUAUGGCCGCUUUAUACAUGCCAAAAGGAGAGGUAUCUUUUCAUGCAGAAAAAAGGCGUCGAUCUCUAACCAGCGUUUAUUAGUCGGUUUUUUUUUUACUAUUGCUGCUGGCUUACAUACUGCAUGAAGGUGGACGUUAUCGAUGAAUUCCACCUCGUUUCGACAGAUGGUUGAUUUAUACGACAUUCCAGUCCCUCGAGGCCAGGAAUAUCGAACAUUGGGCUGUCGAACACAGUUAUUAAUGAUUGGCUGGAAAUCACUUAAUACUUCUCAAGUCAACGUUCUCCAUUCGAUAAAUGAACUUUGCUUCGAGUUUGGGUCCUACGUUGCAACCAUGUCUUGGAAACUAUGGCAUAUAGACUCAUGUAAUGACCUUUCUUCACUGUGCUAUCCUUUGAUUAUUACGUGCAUCCUUCAACAUGCAACAUCUAAAAACUAUAUAUUUAUGAACAUUCAGUAGAAUAUCAAAGUGCGCAAUAUUUUGAAUGAUACUAAGAAGAAAAGAGAUGAAAUUUCGUCUCAGCAUAUGGCAGUUGGAAUGGCGUGAUCUGUUUUAUAUUAAGACAGGAAUACAGACGAGUCACUGCGGCAGGCUUUUUGCGGAGUGGAGCCAAACCACCACAUGAAUUUCCUUCUUGAAGACAACUUUGAAAUUGGAAAGCCGAAGACUUUUGAUAAUUCAAAAAUUUUAAAUCAACUGUCAGUGACUUAGAGAUUACAUCUUAUCAACUUGCAGCUGUCAUGUGGACAUAUGAAAUUACAUGAGUCAUGUUAUUGUUGAUGUUGCAAUAUGUUGACAAAAAAAAAAUUUGCAUAUGUGUAUAUAAAAUUGAAAUUGAUAAAAUCAAUGCGCGUAUGCAAAAUGAAGAUAACAAAAGCAAGCAAAAAAAUUAAAAUAUUAUCAACGUUACAACAAGUGAGGCCAAUGGUCAAGGACAAGGAUAAAGAAGCGAUAAACAUACACAAUGUGAGAAAUAAAAACAAGCAUUCAAUUCAACGGGCAAUUGUAUUCAGAAAAUUGGUCUUGCUACAAAGUGUUUACCAUUGAUUGUUAAACUAUUGAUUUAUUUUGUGAUAGCUUCUUUAUUCCAACAGUAUGAUAUCCACAUAAAAUGUCAUGGUGGGAUCAAUUAUGGACAGCAUGGAAUUCUGUAGAUGAAUGUCAAAAAUAUUACGAAGCGAUGAUGGAAAAUCCAUUCCUUCAAGUGGCUCCAUAAGUGCUGUCUAAAAUAAUAGCGACAUGUGUGGUAAUACCUUCUGGAUUAAUUAGUCAUGCUGUUGGUGAUUUUGUUAAUAAUACGACGAAGAAUCUUUAAUUCGCAAAUCAAAUGCUCGUAUAGGAAUGAUAUUAAUUACUGGAAUGGUAUUAGUUGUACUCGAAGGUGAAUCAUUGAAUCUUUGAGGAUUUGGACCUUUUUCGAUUACUUCAUUACGCGGACGUACAGAGUCACAUAAUAGUAAUUUACCGAGUUUUUAUUUAAAACCAAAAAUACAAUAGGGGCAGCUAAAAAUUUAAUUGAAACUCUAAAUAGAUUUCAAGAUCUAAAUAAUAGCAAAUUUAAAAAACUCGAAAUCCGUGUGCUGGUGUAUUUGAAAUCGUUUCCUGUUAUCGGGCUGCAAAAUUACACUAGUGAUACCGAAGUUGACUGAUUCCUCCAUGGAGAAAUUAUUAAAAGGGAUCUGGCCCUCUUAGAAAAAUGUCCUGAUGAUACCCUAGUAUCUCUAGUCGACAAAUUGAUCCAAGGCCCGUUGUAUUCGAUGCUGUACGAGUCACUCCAAGUGCUGACAGAUCACUUGAAAAAGUCGACAGACAGAAAUAUCAUCAAUUUAAUCACAUCAUUGCUGGAAAAAAUAAUAAAAAGUGAGACUCUGUACUCGUCAAUAGUGACAGCUGGCAGACCAGAACCUCUGACAGCCAUCGAGCAAACCGUAUUUGAUGAAAACUGGCGCAACUUCCUACAGGUUUUGGUCUCACUGCCACCAUUGAUAUCAAACAAAACUCAGGGAAACAUUAGCAAGUAUUUUUCUCUUGACGUUUACACAAAAAUAAUUAUUUAUCACACAACGCGUGCUGUCAAAUUUUUAAAUGACGUCUCCAGAGAAUUUAACAUCAGCCCGAAUGUAAAAUUGAUUUCUCUGCUGAUCAGCAAAAGCAUCAGCAGCCUCGGCUCUGGUCACUUCGUCCACCUGCUAGAUAUUUUUAUGUCCUGGUCUUUAAAAAAUUCAAAAAAUAUAAGGGAAUUUAUUCACAAAAUUUUAUGCAACCUGGAGAGAUCAUCCGUUGAAGCAGUUGCUACUUUACUCCUAAAGAGAAUCAGCAACCCGAGUAAUGUUGAGUUGAUACUCGGCAACCUUCUGGUAAAUGAUCACUGGCGUUAUGUCCUGACUGUUAAAAUUCCACUGCUGUCUUAUCAUGACAGUGAUAAAAAAAGUUGUCAAAAGUGUAGACUUAAAUAGAUAAGGAUUGAUGAUUGUUAAUUAUUUCAUGCUAAAAUUAUUAUUAUUAUUAUUGUAAUUAUUUCUAAUAAAUAAAUUUUGUAAACAAUUGGAUAACAUUAAUUAAAAAAAAAAAAAAACGUAGUUUCCAAUUCCACCGAUGUAAAGAUGUAAAUAAAAAUAACUGACAGUUAAUUUCAAUUGAGAAUGAAACAAAUUUGAUAAAUAAAUUUCGACCGAAAAAAUUAGAAGAUCUUGAUUGUAGUACUUAAAUUAUUUCAAUUAUUUUUUAAAAAUUUUAGUCUACUCAAUUAAUUAAUUAAAAUUAAAAACGCGGCAUUUAAAAAGUUAUGAUUUGACAGCCGCUGUUUAAAAAAAUUUGAAAAUGACGCUAGUGUUAAAUUACAGCGCUCCGUUUAAAUUUCGCGCGCGGAGUAUAAAAUGGUUUUUUUUUGGAAAAUAAAUUUAAAUUGGAGUGAUUUAUGUUGGGAGUGAAACGAAUUCCCAAGUACGGAAUUACUGUAGGCAGAGAACACUAAUACAUCAAAGAAUCUGAUAAUACCUGAAGGUAGCCGACGUCUUAUAAUUUUCGGAUUUUUUUUAAAACGAUAAAUUACAAAAAAAAAAAUGUAUUUGAAAAAAUUGCACUUAUAGUUUUUAAAAUUUUCUACUUGUGCAUAUUUUUAUUUUUUAUUUCUGUAAAAUCCGAAAAUUAAUCAUUGAACCUCAGGAAUGAGUGUCAAUGUAUCUGACAACUGUCACUUUUUUAAAUUUUAAAAUAAAUGAAUAAAAUGUAAGCAGUGUAAAAAUAAAAAAAUUGAAAAUUCAUAAGGUUAAGUACCCACCCAGUGAACACACCAACGUAACAAUGAUAUCACAUCUAGAGAACAUGUAACGUAACAAAUACAACGUAAAUUUUACAUUCUGAUGAUAUAAAUUGUAAUGUAAAUGGUACGUCAAAUUUGUGACGUUAAUGUGACAUUACGAUUACAUGCAUGUUACUGACCGAGUGAUAUCACAUUGGUGACCUAAAUGUGACGUUAUAUUUAUAUCACAUACUAACGUUAGCUUUACAUUCUAGAUAUUACCUCGGAUUUACGAAACAAAAUCGACUUAUAAGUGACAUAGUCUUGGUGAUUCUAUUUUAUCGUCACAUUCACAUCACAAUGUAAUGUUUCGGAUAUGUUCAUAUUGUUACAGUACUCUCACAUAAAAAAUUGUUAUAUUUAUUUUACAUCGAAACAUUUCAUCACAUUUAUGUAAAAAAUUUUACUUUAAAAUGAUGUAUGUAUUUUGACGGCAUUGCGAUAGAAAGGGUUGUGCAAAAAAAUUC